CCAAACAUGACCUAAAUUGUUAACACUCCCCAUUCGGCCAUUCUUCACCUUUUCCCUCCACUUUUUCUUUUGACCUUUAUCUUUUCUUUUCCAUCAGUCAGUACUUCACCUUCUCAUUUUACCAUCACAAAGAAUAAACCAAUUUAUUCUCUUAUAGCUUCCCCUUCUCAUUUUACCAUCACAAAGAAUAAACCAAUUUAUUCUCUUUAGAAAAAAAACCAAAACCCUUGAGCUUUUCUAGCUCAUGUUUCCUUCUCUGUCACUCUGCUUAAAGCAUUCUACUCCAAGAUUACAACUUUAUUGUUAAAUUAUAUACCAAAUUCCACGAAAGUAUUGUCUUUUCAAACGAGAUAACUACAAGAAUAUCUCCCACACCAAUACCCUACAGUUCAUCUAAAUUUCUACGAAAUAUAUUCUUGAAAAUGUCAUCUACACCAACUGAAUAUCCUCUACAGCAACAGCAACUACCACCACCCAUGUUUAUGGGGCAACAAGCUUAUUCGGAUCGUCCGGGUCACGGGUCAGUUGGACCCGUAAUUGGUGUACUUGCUGUAAUAGCUGUGUUAGGAGCCAUUGCUGUAAUGAUAGGCAGGUUAUGUUCGGGCCGGAGAAUAAUGGGUCGGGGCCAAUAUGACUUUGAAGGGUGGGUUGAGACCAAGUGCGCGUCUUGUAUUGAUGGCCGGGUCGACCCGAUACCACGACCCGUUACUGUUGCACCGCCGGCAGUAGUGGUGGCUGAGAGAAGCAGUAACGGUAGUCCCGCCGGCGGUGAAGCGGCGGCUCCGGUGACGGAGACGGUGGAAAUGAGAGAAGAAGAAGAGGAAUCGAAUCAACAAAGUAAUUCACAUGAACAUCAUCAUCAUCCACAUGAAAGAGCACAAUCUUGAAAUGCUUUUUUUCUUUUUUCCUUUUUUCUUUUUCUUUUUCUUUUUUCAUCAUUGGAGCUUUAUUAAAAUUGUGUCUAAUCACUAAUGUUUUAAUUGAUCAUCAGAGUAUUUCUUAAUGGUGGAAUUUUCGAAAUUAUAUAAAUAUUUUAGCAAUCCUUUCUUUAUCAA